AUGAAGCAAGGUACGGUGCUUUGUCUUCCACUGCUCCAACUACUGAGCCUGUUGCUAGCUUUAACAAAUGUACAUUCGAUUAAAGACCAAACGGUGAAUGCGAAGUUCCAAUUACGAAUGUACAAGAAUGAAAGUACCAUCGAUGGGAAUUUUACUGUGGACACAAAGCGAUCGAGCAAAUACAACUAUUUGAUUUGGGCAGAUAGUGGGGAGGAAGUUGUUCUUCAAGUUGAAGGAGUUUUGUUAGAAGGAUAUGUGCCUCCGGUGUUGAAUUGCAGGUCUGAUUAUUUGAACCGUCUGAAUGAUCUGGUGCAGUCGAUGCUCAUCUCAGGAGACAAAGAAGACAAAGCUUUUAGCGACGCAGUUAGUGCUAUCGAAGCCAUUCACUACUUUAUGUCGAGAUUUGAUAGCAAGCCAUCAAUGUUCUAUCCUAGUCGCGUUGACACUAUGGUGGCGAUUUGUGCUGAGACUAGGUUGUUGAUGCCUAUGGCACGAGUCAAGACAAACAUAGUGGAUCCUCAAUGCAUUGACUCAGGCAAUAUCUUGAAGACAAUCCUAGAAAAAGGAAGUCAUCAAUACAUGGAAGACAACGUUGUUGAUUUUAUGAAAUGGGGGACAGAGCAUGAUGGUACUCUGUUUAUGGUCAGGUUAGAAUCUGUCAUGGUGAUGGAAAGGAUUGGUACAGAGAUCUUGAAAAGCAUUGGCAAGUUUUUGGGGGCUGGUACUGAACCUAUUCAGCCACCUCCGAAGAAGCGACGUGUUCAUUUCAAAGGCAUCAGUGUCGCUGUGAACAUGGAAGGGACCAGCAAUGCAGACGUUGAUAACUUAUCAGAGAUGAUGCAACAUGCAUCCACCGAAGCGAAGCGGAUGUUGUUCCACGUUAAUCCUAUUGUAGGGUAUGGCUACAUGUCAAUUCUGGAGGAUGUAAACAUGGCUCCCAAAUGUAAAAGGUCUUCUGAUGACUCAGAUGCAAGUAUUGAAGAACAGUCAAGCACUAUGCCACAUGGUGUGACGUUGCACCUUGUGGCAGGAAACGGGUAUCAAAAGCAGUACCGAAUCAAAAUGGCGACAGCACUAGGUGGGCUGGUGGCAUGCUUCGCGCAUUCAUAUGGGAUGAAUCCACGUUACAUUAUUAUUAUGGUUGAUUUCUCAUUGACGCCUGAAGCUUAUGGAAUGAAGGACGAAGAUAUGAUUGAUGUCAUUUAUAACAGCACAUCGAACGAGUUUUAG